CAGCAUUAAAAAAAAACCAUCUUAAUGAUGUUGAAAAAGAGCUUCAUCAUAUUAAGGAUUUAAUUGAGAAAGAUCAAAAUAUUAAUAAUUUUUUGGGGGAUCCAUCUUUGAGUAAAAAUAAAAAAGAACAAGGAAUCCAAAAGGUUUUAAGUCACCAGAAAUAUUCUGAUGUUACAAUAAAUUUUUUUAAAGUUUUAGCAGAAAAUAAUAGGCUCAAUGAAACAUCCAAAAUUAUCGAAGCAUUUAAUUUAAUAAUGACUGCUCAUAGAGGAGAGGUUCCUGUUAAUAUAAUUACUGCAAAAGAAAUUGAAUCCAAAAUUUUAAAUCAAUUAAAAACUCAACUUGCUAAAAGUAAAUUUGUUAAUCCCAAUCAAAAAUUAAUCGUUAAAAAUAAAGUUAACCCUUCAAUUCUUGGUGGUUUGAUUAUUGAAUUUGGAGAUGAUAAAACAAUUGAUUUAUCAGUUGCAUCAAAAUUUUCAAAAUUAAACAAAAUAUUAACUG